CAUUGGCUCCUUGUCAAACUGCUGCAUACAGGCCUCCGAACGAACGACACUAAGGACCCGCAGGUGCGCCGCUACACGCGCUCCUCACGUACGACAUCGCGAACACGUCGGACAGCGCCCACCCCACCCCAGCCAGACCGCCGCAGGGCUUGCGCCAACUCGCAUCAAUCGGCCGUUCGUCAGCCGAGUUGUUGUCAUUCCAAUCCAAGCAGCGGGCGCUCCGUCAGCCGGCGCAGCAGCAUCACCGCACAGCGCAUCCGUUGGGCUCUUGUCGAGGGACGUUGUAGCUAGCUGGCUGCCCGUGUGGCGCGUCUGUCGUGCGAGCGAGCUUCUCUCGGCGAACCUGUGCUGUGCCAAGCUCCCUUCGAACCAUCUGGCGCAUCGCCAGCAACGCAAACUCUCGCCUCGCAUAUCGACAGUUCGCGAGCUUCUGCUGCAUUGCUGCCGCGCGAGGAUCUGGUGUACUGCACUUCGUUCGGCGGUACCUACCGCCAUACACGCGCGCAUCGAUCCAACGCCUCAGGAUCGCGCUGUGCUCACCGCUGGCCUCGGGCUCCACGCAAUUGUGGAAACACACCGCUCUGCGUGCAGCAAACUACGACAGAUCUAUCCUGCCGGCGUCGGCAACUAGAUUCCAGCUGCGCCUAGCUGCGUCUUCUGCAUCACAGGGGUGGUGUUGACGUGUUACCAGCGAAUCAGUGACAGCACACGCUUACACAAAACGGGUCUGUACCUCAAUUAAAGAUGUCGCAGUCCCCAGAGAGAAACGAGGACGAAGGUCCGGCCACGCAGACGCCCGAGAACAAUGAGACUGCUCAGCAGCAGCCUGACCAACCCGAAGGAGAAAUGAAUACUCGACCAGAAGAACUGGGCUAUGAUUUCGAAGUCAAGGAGCAGGACCGAUGGCUCCCCAUUGCGAAUGUUGCCAGGAUCAUGAAGUAUGCACUUCCGGAGAAUGCCAAAAUCGCGAAGGAAGCAAAGGAAUGUAUGCAAGAGUGUGUCAGCGAGUUCAUCUCUUUCAUCACCAGUGAAGCUUCCGAGAAAUGUCAACAGGAGAAGCGCAAAACCGUCAAUGGCGAAGAUAUCCUGUUCGCGAUGACAUCGCUCGGAUUUGAGAACUAUGGCGAGGCACUAAAGAUCUACCUUGCCAGAUACCGAGAGAAUCUCGUUGCCAAGGGCGGCGACAAAGCUCCCAAUGCUUCUGGAGGAGCGGUGCACGACAGCUCUGCGCCAUACGACACUAAUAAUGGAUUGGGCAGUGGACUUGAAGGCGGGGACAGCUCCACAGACUUCGCAUAUGGUGCCGCCGCUCAGUACUAGGCGCUUCGAACGUCAGGGCGGUAGCCUCAGACUCCUGAGAACACCAUGCCCGAUGUCCGCUGCGUCCCUGGCGACGAUGUCUCGGCGAGCAUUGCACCCGGCUGGCACGGAUACUACCCUUUGUGACCUUCACACAUUGGGAUCGAGCGGAUCCUACUAGCACGCUCUUGAUUACGGGCUACUCUUUCGACUUGGUCUCUGUUCAUGUCUCAUCCCGGGACAAAGCCAUUGACCUGGCGGAUAUCAGCCUUCAGGCAUUCGAUCUGCCAGGGCUCGGAGGCUUACGGCGAUUACGGCGUUAUUGUUACUGCGCAAUUCAUUAACCAAAACUAGAGAAACCUUGAAGACUGGAGGGAGAAGAGCUCUCUUGGAUACAAAGCACGGGCGGCAGGGAAGGUUGAGCCUGGAUAGAUGGCUACGGACUGCUCGCGCAGGUUAAUGAGGCUGUAAAUUAAAGUUAUACCCAGAAACGACUGUCGUGGGUGGGCGACAGGAAAGGAACAGAGAAGGACAUCAGGCGAUAGCACUUGUAUGCGAUG